AUGCCUGCUCUGCCUGAUGGACCUCCACGUUCAACUCCCCCUCACUCUCCUGUCAAAAUGACUUUCCCCGCUGUCUUUGCAACUAACGAGAGUCCGGACCCAAAUCGCAUUGGCCCUUACAACUAUGUCCCUACGGAGUGGAUAUGUAUCCUUUUCAUAGCGUUGUACGGCAUUUCGACUGUCCUCCACUUGGGCCAGGCACUCAAAUCUAGACUAUGGUGGAUGAUUCCAACUGCGACAUUGGCCGGUGUCCUGGAAGUACUCGGAUGGAGCGCCAGGUUAUGGUCCAGCCAAAACCCGAAACUUUUAACCCCUUAUGAGAUGCAGCUCGUCGGCACUAUCAUUGCACCCACCCCGCUUGUCGCAGCUAACUUUAUCAUCCUUGGCAAGAUAAUCAACCAAGUUGGACCCCAGUACAGCCGUCUAACCCCAAAGUUAUACACCAUCAUUUUUUGUUCCUUUGAUGUUGUUUGCUUGAUCGUACAAGCUCUUGGAGGUGCAUCCGCUGCGCGCGCCGUUAGCCAGGAAACAAGUGCUGCAACGGGUGCGAACAUUAUGUUAGGAGGAAUUGCGGCCCAGCUCUUUGCUAUAGUGGUCUACGUCUCUUUGGCGUCCGAGUUUUUCUUGCGUUUGAAAUAUGAUGCACCCUUCCGCCACGUUGAGCAGCCCCGCGUAUUGGAGAAGGGUCAACGUGCGGUGAGCAAGAACUUGCGAGUUCUGAUUUUUGCCAUGUCAUUCUGCACUCUCUGCAUCUUCAUUCGUUCCAUUUAUCGUACUGUAGAGCUCGCCGGCGGGUGGUUCGGACCAGUGAUCACGACUCAGCGCUACUUCGAUUGGCUCGAUGGUGCCAUGGUCACUCUCGCUAUCUACACCCUCAAUUUCUUUCACCCGGGUAACUGGCUGAACAAAGACGUCCCGACCGCUCAUCUUUCAGAACGAGUAGCCGAUGAAGAAGCCGCUGACGAAGAUGCUGCGAUUUAG